CUUUUAUUUUUUGCAAAUUAAAUUACCUCGUGAUAAUUGAGUGGAGUGAGUAGGUGCAGGUUGUUAAUGCGUCUUUUGUUUUGUUCGGCAAUCCGGAUCCGGAGAUGAGAGGAGAUUGCCUCUGAUGAUGAUGUUAUCAUGAUUGCUUGUGUAACGACGCGAAGAUUCUCAGAGAACAACUUCUUCCAACAUAAUUAAUCUUGUUGAAGGGUCUGCAAACACGUUGUGGGAUAUCUUACAACUGAACCAAUAUUCGACCUGUAGUAUAAAGUCCUUCGCACCAUCGAUGCGUUUACCAUUUUCCCAUAAAAUCAAUCAGCUCCGAGUUACAAUGUGUCGUGGCUUAAGUGCUGUGCUAAUCUUGCUCGUAUCCCUUUCCGCGCAACUGCACGUUGUCGUUGGUGAAGAAGCUCCCAAACCGGAGAAGGAGAUCUGUGGAUUGAAAGUGGGUCGCUUGCUAGACUCGGUCAAGGGAUGGCUAUCAGUGUCGCAGCAGGAAAAAUGUCCCCUCAACAAGUAUUGCGAAAACAAGGUCCAAGCGAACCAGUACAAUCUAGUGCCGCUUACCUGUAUUAGGUGGAGAAGCCAGAAUCCCGCUUCACCCGCGGGAUCAUUGGGCGGAAAGGACGUGGUGUCGAAGAUUGAUGCAGCUAUGAGCAAUUUUAAGACGCUGUUCGAACCAAUGAAAGCCGAUCUAGCCAAGCUGGAGGAGGAAGUUAAACGGCAGGUGCUUGACGCCUGGAAAGCGCUGGAACCGUUACAGAAGGAAGUCUAUCGCAGUACGCUUGCAUCGGGACGAAUCGAACGGGCAGUUUUCUACAGCUUCAUGGAAAUGGGUGACAACGUAAAGCUGGACAAUUAUUUCCAGCCUGCCAACGUCGAGGAACUGCUGAAGUACGCCUGGGCGUUGCCGAUGCACAAGAAGCAGCGUAGUAUGUACGACCUGAUCGGCCAGUUAGUGCAGUCAUCCAAGAGCCCAAUGCUCCAGACGCUUCACGCGGUCGAGCUGGCCACUGUGGUGAAUCCGGAGCUAGAAAACCGUGAGAACCUGCUGAACGACCAAGUGGUGCAGCUACGUGACAAUCUGUACAAGAAUUCCUUCACCACGCUCGUGUCUAUCGCAAGACACUUCCCGGACCACUUUGACACUCUGAGGCAGCGUUUGUUUAAACUGCCCGAUGGUUCCAAACCCGGUGCCGAUACGCUUCCCAACAUUGUCAACUUUAUCGCCCAACUUCCCAGCGAUGAGCUGCGGCUUAGUUCGGUCGAUUUGCUUCUGCAAUCACUUACGGCUGAGAACGGUACGCUCGUCCAAGAUCCCGAGUAUGUGUACCGUCUGUCACAGCUGGCACACGUCAUGCCCAGCCUGGUGGACGUGAAGGCUCAUCCCGACCUACAGCAGAGCGUAGAUGAUCUGAUGGCCAAAUUCAACACCCCCAUCGAUGGCAAGACUCUCCAAUACUUCCAGAACAUUGGGAUCAGCCCGUCCUCCUCGGUCGCUACCUGAAGUGUGCUGCCCUGUUCGCUCAAUAAAGCUAUCUCCAAUUACUGGGGAUUCCGUUUCGGUUGCAUA